AUGAAUACUGAACAACGGCAGAUAACGGUCGUUCAGUCCGCGGCGUUGCCACCGCCACCGCCGUUUCUCGCAGUUCCGGGACCGCCACCACUGGCCUGGCCUGCAUGGAAAGAGACAUUCAUGUCAUUCCUAGGUGCGGCGGGCCUCGAGGGUGUUGACCCGAAGAGAAAAAAACAGAUUCUUUUUUCGUUGUUGGGCGUUGAAGGGCAACGAAUAGUGUCCGCAUUUGGAUUUACUAACCUUCCACACUCGGAACUUCUUGACGAGUUCGAGACCUUUUUAUCGGCCGUGGAGAGCCAUUUUGUUUUUUCCGGAUCUCUAGCACUCGAGCGUAAGAAGCUCCGUCUUCGCGUUCAGCAGCCGGGAGAGAGUGUCGCGGAAUUUUUAGCGGCGUUACGCCAUCAGCACGCGCUUUGCGCGUUUGAAGACGGGUCCGAGAACACGCGACUUUGUGAUCUUUUUCUUGAUAGUUUGAUCUCGCGCCGUGUUCAGGAUCGCAUUCUUAGAGACUGCGUAGGUCGCCAGGUACCGACGCUUGAGCGCGCGAUACAGCUCGCGCUGCAGUUUGAGCAGUUGGCACGCACAGCAGAGCAGUACCAUCAGCCACGUCAGGGGGAGACCGUCGCCAGCUGUUCCACUGCACCCGUGCAGUAUGUUGCUGGGCCCGAGACCGAACGAGUACAAGCGGCUGCUCGUCAUAACGACCAAUCUCCAGCACUCUUCUCGGGAGACGACUGUUUCGGUGAACAUGGGGCAAGGUUCCCAUCGUGGCCAUGUGACCCCACCAGACUUGCUCCGAGGUCUCAACGGGGGCGUCCUGGGACAGCCCAUGCUCCACGCCCGCCGGCGCGACAGAGUAACAUUCCACAUCGAGACCCGCCUCCUGCGAGAACGGGGCCGCAACAGGACAACUACUCAUGUUGGUUUUGUGGCCGAAGGAAUCACGCCAGGGAGAACUGCCCUGGAUAG